GAAUGUCCCAGCGGCAGCUGAAUGGUCAGGCGUUUUCUAUUUCUGACGUUUGGUCACGUCGGGGUCUCCUCUAACUCACAGAUGGGACAGAAGACCUUUUGGUGAAGGAGACAAAUAUAAACUAGAGGUUGGAAGCACAGGUUUCAUACUGGACCAAUGGCAUUUCGGAAGGCAGUGAAAGGGACCCUGAUAGGGGGCGGAGCCAUCGCUACAGUCUUUGGCCUGUCACAGUUCCUGGAAUACAGGAGGACUCGGGCUCGGCUGGCGUACGUGGAGGCUGAAGGGCAGCUCAAGAUGCCGUUUGAGGACAGGCUGCCGACGCGUGAGGAACAGAUUGCCUCGCUCCAGAACACGCCCGAAUUCGACGUGCUGGUGGUGGGUGGUGGAGCUACAGGAUCAGGAUGCGCUUUAGACGCAGUCACACGAAAUCUUAAGACAGCCCUGGUGGAGAGGAGCGAUUUCUCAUCAGGCACCAGCAGCAGGAGCACCAAGCUGAUCCACGGAGGAGUGCGCUAUCUGCAGAAGGCCAUCAUGAAGCUAGAUUAUGAACAGUACAUGAUGGUGAAAGAGGCCCUCCAUGAGCGCGCUAACCUUCUGGAGAUCGCGCCUCACCUGUCCGCUCCACUACCCAUCAUGCUCCCUGUCUACAAGUGGUGGCAGCUGCCGUAUUACUGGGCCGGGAUAAAGAUGUACGACCUGGUGGCUGGGAGUCAGUGCCUGAAGAGCAGUUACAUCCUGAGCAAGAGCAAAGCCCUGGAGCUUUUCCCCAUGCUGAAGAAGGACAAGCUGGUCGGAGCCAUCGUCUACUACGACGGCCAGCACAACGAUUCCCGCAUGAAUUUAGCGAUCGCACUGACGGCAGCUCGCUACGGCGCCGCCGUCGCUAACUACACGGAAGUGACGCAGCUGCUGAAGGCUACGGACCCGGUCACGGGGAAAGAGAAAGUAUGUGGAGCGCGCUGCCGAGACAUGAUCACGGGCCGGGAGUUUAACGUUCGUGCCAAGUGCGUCAUCAACGCCACGGGCCCCUUCACCGACUCGCUGCGCAAAAUGGACAACGAGACGACGGCCAACAUCUGCCAGCCGAGCGCCGGCGUGCACAUCGUCAUCCCCGGAUACUACAGCCCAGACAACAUGGGGCUUUUGGAUCCGGCCACCAGCGAUGGGCGUGUCAUCUUCUUCCUGCCCUGGGAGAAAAUGACUAUCGCCGGGACGACGGACACGCCCACCGACGUGACGGCCCACCCCAUCCCCAUGGAGGAGGACAUCAACUUCAUCCUGAGCGAGGUGCGACACUACCUCAGCCCUGACGUCGAAGUGCGAAGAGGCGAUGUCCUGGCAGCCUGGAGCGGCAUCCGUCCACUGGUCACUGACCCCAACUCUAAAGACACCCAGUCCAUCUGCCGCAACCACGUCGUCAACAUCAGCGAGAGCGGCCUGGUCACCAUCGCCGGUGGCAAGUGGACCACCUACCGCUCCAUGGCUGAAGAGACCCUGGACGCUGCGAUAAAAGAACACAAGCUUCAGGCCGGACCAAGCAGAACCGUGGGCCUGCUUCUGGAAGGAGGGAAGGACUGGACCCCAACUCUUUACAUCAGACUGGUGCAGGACUACGGUCUCGAGAACGAGGUCGCCCAGCACCUCGCCGCGACGUACGGAGGGAGGGCGUUCGAAGUCGCCAAGAUGGCGCAGGUGACAGGAAAGAGGUGGCCGAUAGUGGGGAAACGCCUGGUGUCAGAAUUCCCCUACAUCGAGAGCGAGGUGAUGUACGGUAUUAAAGAGUACGCCUGCACAGCCAUAGACAUGAUCUCGCGGCGGACGCGUCUGGGUUUCCUGAACGUGCAGGCGGCUGAUGAAGCUCUCCCGCGCGUGGUGGAGAUCAUGGCCAAGGAGCUGAAGUGGAGCGAGGAAGGGAAGAAGGAGGAACUGAAGGCAGCUAAACAGUUUCUGUACCAGGAGAUGGGCUACAAAGCUCGUUCUGAGCAGCUCACCAAGACGUCUGAGAUCUCACUCACACCCGAGCAAGUGGCCAGGUAUAAGAAGCGCUUCUAUAAGUUUGACAAAGAGAGCAAAGGUUUCAUUACGACGUUAGAUGUGCAGCAAGUCCUGGAGAAACUGAGCGUUCAGAUCGACGAGAACGCCCUCCACGAGAUCCUCAACGAGGUCGAUCUGAACAAAAACGGACAGGUGGAACUGGACGAGUUCCUGCAGCUCAUGAGUGCGGUUCAGAGGGGACAGAUCUCCGACAGCAGACUGGCCAUCCUGAUGAAGACGGCGGAGGAGAGCUUGGACUCCAGGCGACCGGUGUCUGUGGACCGCAGCGGCGGAGGAGUGUGAGGCCCGAGAACUUCGACCAGAGUCACAGAUCUCAGGAGGUGUCCACUUGGACAAGUGGGAAAAAAAUAACUAAAAAUUGCUUUGUUUCAUUUUCAUUAAUUUUAAGCUUGCAUCGCAUUUAUUUAACGCAAUUAUUUAACAGUAAAAGUUUUGGAUAUGCAUGAUCUCUUAAUCAUUGAGGCUGCAAAUUCAGACAACAUUUACUUGAGCCUGUGCUGAAACCGCGUCAUCGUGACCUGACGACCAUCUGAGCAAUCAAAAAUGAUAACGAUUAAGCAAACUAUAAAAUGGUUAGGGUUUGUUUCUCAAUAGCGUCGGUGUAAUUGCCGGUCCUGGAUGCUUGAUGUUUUAUUAAAUUCCAUACUUUAAAAUUGUUUCUACUGUAUAAGCAUUCACGGCCCAGAACGCAAACCCACGAACCCGUGUCCACGUUAGAGCAACGCCAAGUGAGUUGUAAUUGUUACUAUUAUGACAACAAUGUUUCAUUGGGAACUCUGAACCUUUUAACACUACACUCACAAGACUGUAUACUAAAUUACAACCCACGCCGCGUUAUAAUCGUUUAUUUAGUUGUGACGCACUUGAACAUUAUUCCCGGGAAACAUUCUUUUAGGAUAAUGAUGUUGGCAAGAAAAUGUGGGUCAUAUCAACAACACUUUUCCGAAGUUUGUUAUAGAAUAUUAAUAUAGAAUAUUACCUGGUGAUCGCAGGAUCUGUGAAGUUGUUUAAACACACAAACGUCGGUUAUAAUCGUUUUCCAUUUUCUAUUUCGCAAAUUAAGCUUGUUUGAAAACAGGUCAGUGUUGAAAACCCUGCGGUUGAAUAUUUGGCAACCCAAGAACAGAGACACUCGCGCACACACUACAGGUUUGUAUGCUAGCGCAGUCGUGAACGUUUAUAAUAAUGAACGUUUUAAUUGGGAAUACUUUUACAACACGGCCGUCCAGUCGUUUUACUGAUUUUGGUUUGACCCUCAUUCCCGGGAACUUUUUUUUUUUUUUGGGAAAAAGUACAGGAAUCGUAACACUGUUUUGGGGUCCAGGGAUACUAUAGUGUUUUGUUAUUCUUAUUUUGAUUAUAAUUGAUUAAACAUGCAAUGAAAGUCUAUGGCAGGCAACAGAACAGUCAACGAGCAUUUUAAUUUUUUUAUGAAACAUGGGACACUGGAUCAGUUUCACACUUCAUCUGAUCAGUCUUUUAAGUCUGAUAAAAAAUCGGACAAUUUAUUCCGGAAGUGCUUUAAUUUCCUUUGAAUCUGUGGGUCAUCUAUUGAGUUUGAUUGAUUCCAGGUUUGCUAUAUUGCAGUGGCCACGAUAUUGUGAAACUCGAGUCAUCACCGAACUCGAGUUACGUGACCACGAAACCAGGCCUAAAACAAAAGCUAGCAAUGAGUACACGUAUGUAAUUCAUAACCAAAAUCAGACGAGAAAGUUAACAGCGAUGCCAAGGAAGAAGAAUUGAGGCCGUGUCUAAUAAAGUUCAUUUCCAUUAUCAAGUAGAAGAGUUUAAGGUUAUUCCACCAUCAGAGUGACGAUGAAUAGAGAAUAUCAAAUGCUCAUGAAAACAUUAAACUGAAUCACUUGAAUAAUCAUUGAACAGAACUACUACUACUACUACUAGGUGCUUGGACCCCUUAAUCACUGUUUGAAUGUAAAUAUGAUUUACUGUUCAGCCUCAAAGUUGAAAUUAUCAUCAUUGGUGAUGAUAAAAAUGGAAGAUUUAACCCACUAUCUCUUGACCACACCCGAAAGAUCGCGCGUCCACGUCAGAUGUCGUUUUACCAGCAGGUGGUGCUGUUAUUAGCUAUAGUGCUAGUUAGAUUGUUAGAAACCAUCGCGUUAUGAAAAUAAAACGUCGUUUAAAUCUUUAUAAUACAGUUGGAAGUCUUACACACUGUUAAUAAAUUUUUUUUUUUGGCAUCCUUGAGUAAAUUUUGAGCUGAAAUACGCUGCAAAACUUGUUUUCGUUGGUUUCGUUACUAGCGUGCGUUAUAUUGUCGUUAACAAAUUGUUGCUUCGUAAACUUGUGCAAUAAUAAUAAUAAUUGAACUCUGCUCUGAUGCUCCGUCACAAACGCAUGCGGUGCCAUUAACGUUCAUAGCUGGUUAGCAUGACUGGUGUGUGUACAGUAUGAGUGAGACGAGUGCCGUCCUCGUGUCCUAGUAUCCUAGCACAUGUAUUAUAUUAUAUUAUAUUAUAUUAUAUUAUAUUAUAUUAUAUUAUAUUAUGUCAUAUUACAGUUCUAUAGCUGUGCCAUUAUUUAAGGUUGUACAAUGUGAUAGUACAAGGACACUCCUGAGCGAUUGUAUGGGAGAACGUGAUACCGUGGGCGGAGCUACUGUGAUGCACUUUUCCUGCACGUCUUCUUCUUCUUCCUGUCUAAGUUUACACUCGCUGCACAAUUUCACACAUGCACUAAUACAAUACUGAUAUUGGUAUUGAGACUGAUUCUCCAGCACUCCUGCCGUUUACCUGGUCUGUCUACAGUACUGUGCAUGUCUUAUCGAAAUACUAAACCAAAUGAAAAAGUUUAUUAUUUCAUAAUUUUAGUGCUUGGACACUGUGAUCGCUUCCUAGCACGGUCGUGUGCCAAUAGCACUAGAAUGUAUUACUCAUUUGUGCUUUUAUUAAAUUGUUUUGCGUUGCUUAAUUAAGAUCUUGGAUAAUAUUUAAUUGCUGUCUUUUUUUUUCUUUGCCUGAAUACGCACAAUGUUUUCGGACCAGUGUCAAUUAACCAAAAAGAAAAUAACUUUUUGUAGUCUUGAAUCUUUACAGCUUGUUGCUAGUUGCAUGAUUAUAAUUAUUAUUAUUGUUAUUUUAAUCUAACUAUUAUUAUCAUUAUUAGUGUUAUAAUAAUCAUUAGGAUUAGUAUAUAUGUUUCAGGAGUUACAUACCAUGUACUACUGCGCUCUUCAGUUUGUGCUAGCUUUAGCGUUUAUACGGAAGACAUUUAAUGUGCCUUGUUUUCUAGCAAGAAGUCACUGAUGAUGAUUGCACAAUUAUAUAUUUUACUGUUUUAAUUCCUUUGUCUAUGUUAUUACUGUUACCGUUCAUACAAUAACUUUUGUGAUGUUCUCCGGUGCCAGUGUUCAGCGUACAGUAUGACAGUGUUGACUGAUUGUGUGUGUCGUAUGCGGAUGAUAUUUCACUCUAUUCAUUCUUGAAAGAGAAUCCAGAAUUAACACAAUUAAACACAAUUAAACAUA